AUGAAUUUCGGUACAGGAGAUAAAGAGGCUAUUAAAAGCCUUAUUGCAAGACUAGCCAGAUCUGAAAAGCCUGGCUCGGCGGAACUAACGACCCAUGAUGUCUUUCUCUAUCCAAAAGGCAUGGCUGCAAUUAAUGCGGUUGCACGAGCAGUGUUUAAAACCCAGCCGCGUGGGGUUGACCCCCAAGCCAUUAUCUAUGGGUGGUCGUAUGCUGAAACACCGAAGUGCCUGCCUAUGAACGGAUAUGCGCGCUUCAGGAUCUACCCCAAGGGCACACAAGAAGAGCUUGAAGAACUGGUAGAACUACUGAAAUCUGAUAAUCGCAUCAGUAUUCUGUUCUGCGAGGUCCCAUCCAAUCCAUUAUUGGAAUCAGUUGACAUGGAGUGCAUUCAUUCGCUUGCCACGGAAUAUAAUUUCAUUGUGGCCUGCGACCAAACUCUUGCGGCAUUUGCUAAUCUUGAUUUACUGCCAUAUGCAGACAUCUUAAUGGACAGCCUAACCAAAAUGUUCAGCGGCGCCUCAAAUGUCAUGGCUGGCAGCGUGAUAUUAAACCCACAGUCGAAGCACUACAACCGAAUCCACUCUGCGCUCGUGGAUGAUUUUGAAGAUAUAUUGUUCCCUCUUGAUGCUGAAGUUUUAGCCCAGAACAGUGCGGACUUUGAGCAUCGAAUUCUCCGCUCUAACCGCAACGCUAUGGCAAUUGCCACGUUAAUGUCCCUCCAUCCUUCAGUGGAGCGUAUUUAUUACCCAAAGAUGGCUUCUUCAGCAGCAUUAUUCGAGAAAUAUCGCCGCGAUACAGGAGGUUACGGAUUCCUGCUCAGUAUUCUCUUCCGUCGGCCAUCUAGCGCCGUCUGCUUCUACGAUGCUCUAGAUGUGUGCAAGGGACCGAGUAUUGGAACUAAUUUUACUCUCGCCGUGCCGUAUACCCAACUGGCUCAUUUCAAGGAAAUGGACUGGGCAGAGUCAUGCGGUGUAUCGAAGUGCAUCGUAAGGAUUAGUGUCGGAUUGGAAAAUGAGGAACAGCUGUUAGAUCGGAUUCGGAAUGCACUGCAAGUUGUCGAGUUUGGAGCACAGCGAGACCGAGGGACAUCCUGCCAAGAUAUAGAGAGUUCCAAUGGCACAGCUGAACACAUCAACUACGAUUGA